AUGGCGAGCAGCAACAAUCUGCCGACUACUCAUGCAAAUGAGGUCCGCCAACAAAGCCCGCUGCACUGGCCCAUCUUCGAUCUCAUGACACCUGUGCACGCUCGCUACAACCCACUUCCGAGCACCGUGAUCAGGUCCGACGGUGAAUACACGUCGACAGGGCUGGAGAAUGAGCUCAAUGCGAUGCUUGAAUCCAUGGCCUUGCGUCCAACCCAUCAACACUUGCAGACGUGGGCGGCAGGCUUGUCCCAGGGGUGGAACGCUGUGUCCAGUAGUAAUGACUCUGGGAAGACGCCCAUGGAGCGGUUCUUGGGGGAGGGAAACAGUCAGGGAAGAGACGCCUUCCUCGAAGCCCCACGAGCUCCGGGAGUUCACCAGGGCGAUGGUGUGAAGGAUAAAUCUCCUAUUACCAAGAAUCAUAAGUAG